AUGUCUGCAAUGAGUGGUUGGUAUGUUACGUUGGCUGUCAUUCUCGUUUUUCUUUAUAACGAGUAUCUGACAUAUUACGUAACGAUCUAUAUGACCUGCUCGUGGCCUUUGGCACCGUCGGACGGAAAUGAACAGAAGGAUGUGACAAAGGUGAUGAUGUUGACAGAUAUUCACCUCCUCGGACCCCAUCGAGGACAUUGGUUCGACAAGUUGAGGCGGGAAUGGCAAAUGUACCGAUCAUUUCAAUCAGCCAUAUCACUAAUGCGUGAUUUGUUUGAUGAGGGUAUCAUAAGUAAUCGGCAGGAGCUUGUGAACUAUGUAAAUCGUUUCGAUGAACUUUUUUAUGUACCCAGAGAUGUCGAAAGACAAUGUAUUUUGGGCAAUCAUGAUAUUGGAUUUCAUGACCAGAUCAGUCCAGCACGACUCCAGUUUCUCUCGGAGUAUUUUUCACGGUCAUUUGCGGAUCACAUUGUUAUCCGUGGAAAUCAUUUUGUAUUGUUAAAUUCAAUGACGAUUGAACAUGAUGGUUGUUCCCUCUGCGCCGCUACUGAACGUCAAAUUAAGCAGUUGAGUCGGAUUUUUGAUUGCACUGAAAAUGCAACAAUAUGUGACACACGUUCAAGACCUAUUCUACUACUACAUAUUCCAUUGUAUAGGGAAAGUGAUGCGAAUUGUCCGGAUGACUAUGACGCAAUCCCAGAACCAUUAAAAUCGAACCAUUUUCAUGUUGGGAUUGAUUGCCUUUCCAAUAUUUCUUCCCAUUACAUCCUAAAAAAACUGAAACCUCGUGCUGUUUUUAAUGGUCAUACACAUUACAGUUGCCGAACUUGGUGGCCAUCACCAUACAAUAUGUAUGAGUGGACAUUAUCAUCAUUUUCUUGGCGGAAUAUUCCACAACCUGCGUUUCUUCUUGUCACCGUAAUGUCUGACGAUAUUCAAGUCAACAAAUGCUUUCUGCCAAAUGAGAAAACCGUUAUUGGUAUCUACGUUGUAACUAUUUUAAGCAUAGUACUUUUUUCAUUUUGUCGUUUAGUUCGGUAUUUACGACACCGGCAAUCAUAUUCAUCAUAUCAGAUCCUAACUCAGAAGUGCGAUUAA